GUGUCCGGCCCCAUUAAAUUCGCCACCCAGCCUUUGUGCCUGGCUAUUGGGGACCAUGAGGAGGCGAUCCAGUUUUAUGUCACGGCGGACCUUCAUUUUCCCUUGGUCCUUGGGAUGGCCUGGCUUCAGACCCACGAUCCUCAGGUGGCCUGGUCGCGGAACGCCAUCUCUUUCCCGAGUCUGCAGUGCGUCGACCACAUCCGCCACACCUGUGCCGGCCAGAACGUUCCCACCGUUGCCAUCACCUUGCCUCCUGAGCUGACGGACUUCGCCGACGUGUUCAGCGAGAAGGAGGCGGACCGACUACCCCCGCAUCGGCCCUACGAUUGCCCCGUGGACCUUCUGCCCAACGCACCACUGCCUGUGGGAUGCCUGUAUUCCAUGUCGGAGCCCGAGUUGGCCGCCCUCAGGGACUUCCUGGACAAAAAUCUGGCCCGAGGGUUCAUCCGGCCUUCAAAGUCUCCUCUCUCGGCCCCGGUCCUCUUCGUAAAGAAGAAGACAGGGGACUUGCACCUGUGCUGUGAUUACCGCCGGCUAAACGCCACUACGGUGUGGAAUCGCUACCCCCUGCCGCUCAUCCCGGAGCUACUGGAGAGGUUGCAGGAGGCCACGAUCUUCACCAAGCUCGAUCUCCGGGGGCCCUACAACCUGGUGCGGAUGCGAGAAGGAGACGAAUGGAAGACGGCAUUCGGCACCCGAUACGGACACUACGAAUACACUGUCAUGCCAUUUGGGUUGACCAACGCUCCUGCCGUUUUCCAACACUUCAUGAACGACGUGUUCCGAGACAUGUUGGAUCGGUUUGUGGAGAUCUACCUGGCUGACAUCCUCAUUUACUCCCGGUCCAGGGAAAGCCACCUUCGACACGUCGGUCUGGUUCUGCAACGCUUGCGGGAGCAACAACUCAAUGUGAAGCUGGAGAAAUGCGUCUUCUUCCGGACUUCCAUAGAAUUCCUCAGGCAUAUCAUCUCGCCCGAGGGCAUAGCCAUGGACCCAUGCAAAGUAGAAGCUUUGUGUAGCUGGGAAGCCCCUCGUCGGGUGAAGGAUGUUCAGCGCCUGCUGGGCUUCACCAACUACUACCGGACCUUCAUCCCGGGCUUCGCCACACUGACGGCUCCACUUACCCAGCUCCUCAGGAAGAAGGUUGCGUUCCGGUGGGGUCCCCCACAGCAAGAAGCAUUCACCGCCCUCAAGAAAUCCUUCGUCACGGAACCCGUCCUGAGGCAUCCCGACCCGCUCCGGCCUUUUGUGGUGGAAACGGACGCGUCCAAUGUGGCUCUGGGAGCGGUGCUGCUACAGGCUCCGAUGAAUGGCAGCACACUUUUCCCCUGUGCUUACUACUCCCGGAAACUCAAUCCUUCCGAGCGCAACUACACCAUCUGGGAAAAAGAGUUGCUGGCUAUCAAGGCUGCAUUCGAGGCUUGGUGACACCAUCUGGAGGGGGCCCAACAUCAGGUGGAGGUCCAAACGGACCAUCGGAAUCUCGAGCACCUCACCACAGCUCGGAAGUUGAACCAGCGGCAGAUCCGGUGGUCAUUGUUUUUUGCUCGGUUCAACUUCCGCGUGACCUACAUUCCCAGCGGUCACAACCGGAGGGCGGAUGCCCUGUCCCGCAAGCCAGAGGACCUCUGCGCCAAAGACCCCCUUCCUCCACGGACAGUGCUGCCGGCAGAAGCCUUGGCCGCAGCACGGGAGCCAGUGGACUUGUGGGCCCAGGUGCAAGAGGCGCAGCGCCAGGACGCCUGGUCGCAGCAAAGGAGAGUGGAGGUGGGCCCCACGUCUCCUUGGACCUUGGAGGAGGACUUACUCAAGUUUCGGGGGCGAUUAUAUGUGCCCACAGGACCACUCCGCACCAAACACCAGGCACCAAAGAGACCAGAGGUUGGGCGUCCUGGCCUGAAUCCAGCCACGGAAAGGCCAACAUCGCUGCCAUCGCCGCCAGCAGAAAUCCAUCGCCGACGCCGCCAACGCUGCCAACGCCGCAGACACCAUCCGAAGGCAGGGGCCAGGAAGAGGGCCAGAACCUGCCUCAAACCCACUCUCCGGCAGGUUCCACCCUCAAGUUGUCUCCUCUCAACUCCUCUGGCUUCUCAGGCAUCGCCUGGUGAGAAUUUCGGCUGUCCAGAGCAGACCCACCAAGAAAAAAGGUUGCUGCGCCACCGCCACCCGGAACUCCAUGCCGCCACUGCCGCCGCCGCCACCAUCCUGGGCCGAAAAGCAGAGGGCCAGAAAGAGGGCCAGCCCCAGCCUCCAACUCACUCUCCAACAGGCUGGACCCUCCAGAUGCCUCGUCCAACCUCUCUGCCUCUCCAGCGCCGCCCGAUGACAAACUUCAGCCCCUGGGGGUGGCUGCCACCACUGCCGCCGCCGUUGCCGCCGGAAACUAGAAACCACGCCACGGCCACUGCAGCCGCCGCCCCAGGCAGAGGACCGAAGACAACGCUGGGACAGCUGCUCAUCCUGGACCUCCAAAUCAGCCCAGCCUCACAUCCAGCACUGGCUCCUUGUUAUACCGAGGAGCUGGUCAAGUUCGUCGCCGGGCGCUGCCACUGCCAUCCGCCGAAAAACGGCCAGGCACUGGCCACCGCCCCCGGUCCAGUCAGCGGGGCCUACAUCCGCUUCCCCCAACCGGCCGAAAAUGCCUCCACACCUCCACUCCCUCUCCAAAACACAAUCACCUCGGCUCUCUGUCCUGUCAAAUGCUCCCCAGGGGAAAAAACCACCUCUGGUGCCCCAGGCGUCGAACGCUGCCGCCUCUGCCAUCACCGAAGGGGGAAAACGACAAAAACACCACCCGCCGCCCCAAACAUGCAGAACAAGCCGGCGGCCACGCCCUCGUCCCACCGGCCAGCCGAAAACUCCUCCUGGGGGCCGAAAACCUCUCCUCGGCCUGGCAACUAUGUCCCACGAUGUUCUACCCAACUGGACACGAUGUUCCGUCCAGUUGGGGGUGGGAAUCCUCUUCGGGUGCUAAGGGUGCUGAGUGGUCCUGCCUACGGCCUCCGCCACCGCCGAAAAAACAAACGCCGGAAAAACGCCGGACACCGCCCCAAACAUGCUGGUUCCAUUUUCUCCACCACCUUGGGGCUGAUGAUACAUCGGGUACAUCCAGAGUCUAAGAGGGCUAGCAUUUCUCCCUGCAUUCCCGAGGAUGGGAUGCACAGUUUCACUGGAACGGGAUUCUGGGUGUGGACCAUACCUUUCAUGGUCUGCUUGUCGCUCUAUCACCUCAUGAUACAGUCUGAUGUCUUCUGCGAUUUUUUCUCCAGCCACUCUGCAGAAAAUCCUGAAUACUUGGAAGGGUGCGAUGUGGCUGCCAAGCCUGCUCCCAUCUUCUCUGGCUCAUCUUCUGGGUGGAGAAACCCUAGUGAUUUGGCACCUCAGCUGGCUGCUGAACUGCCCCCUAUGGAGCUGCCCCCUAUGGAGCAACAGAAGCUGCCGCCAUGGCUGCGGAGAUGGCAGAUCCCCCUUCUGCCUGGCCAGUCUCUCCAUGCAGUGGCUGGGCAGGCUUCUGGGCAAGGGAUUCCUGAGCUCUCCAAAUCCUGA